CACGCGUGAGCAACGCGUCAACAGCAGCCCGUCUGCACAACCCUCCCCCACACUCUACUCUAUCGUCGUCGCAAUCGCUCCUCUUUGAGCACCACGACGCUGAUAUGUCCUCUCCGACGAAGCGGCGCACGCAGCGCUCGUCUGCCUCUGCGACCCCACAACGAGCAACACGAAAUUCUGCAAUCCCUUCCAGUCCUGCGCCCGCGGGGGUUGAAGACCAAGUCCAGUCUGAGGCGUCGCAGACUCCGUCGCGUGGACUCCCUACAACACCGAGUAGCUCAAGGUUACAAGCUAGUUCAACACAAUCGCAGUCUCCGUUAUUGUUCCGCUCUUCGCCCGUAACUGGAGGUGAUGCAAACGGCGAAGCUGGGAGUGAUGGCGGUGCAACACCAAGGGCUAGUGCCACGAACAUCGGAGACUCCUCUCCCAUCCACUAUGCCUCCAGCUCUAGCCCUGGCCGGGCACGCAACACGCAAAACGACGACCCUAGAAGUAGCAGUAGUGCCCUUUUCGUCCGCGGUUCGGAACCAGUAGCCCGUCAUCGAAGAAGCGACAUCCACUCCGAUGUGUUUGGGGCGAGCUCGGCAGCCGGCCCGCGCCGCAGGAUGUUUGUCGAUCAGCAUGGCAUGCCUGUGGGAGAUGCAUCUGACACGGCCACCUUCUCCAACGUGAACCCAGAUACCUCAGAUGCCGAUGCGCUAGGAGGCAAUGCGUCACGUAUCAUUUGGGGAACCAAUGUUUCCCUGGUAGAUGCCAGGCACGCCAUGAAAGACUUUUUGAUGAACUUUCAGAGGAAGUACCGCUUGAUCCAGGACGGCGAGUUGGAAGAGGGUACGAGCCUUCCUGCCGAGCAUCAAGCGAUGACACGAGAGUAUGUUGACAUGAUGAAAAUGAUGCUCGAAUUCGGCAUGACGCCUUUGAACUUGGAUGCCCGCAACCUGAAGUCAUACCCACCGACAAGAAAGCUAUGGCACCAAUUACAAGCCUAUCCAAAUGAGAUCAUCCCGAUCAUGGAUGUGGCUAUCAAGGACGUUAUGCUUGAGCUCGCCGAAAAGCGCAUGGCUGAGAUGCGAGUCCAGCUGACACAGCAGCGCAGCGCGCAGCAGCCGAGAGCCCGCGAUUCCAGCUCUCUGCCGCCAAUGCUGAGCUCAGAUGCGCCAACACCGGGCGCGCCACCACCUUCUCCGUUUGCAGACAUCCCAAAUCUAGUGAGCGAAGUCGACCAGAAGACCUACAAUGUCAGACCUUUUGGUCUUGACAACACAAUCAACCUGCGCGAGCUAAAUCCUGCCGAUAUGGACAAGCUUGUCAGUGUGAAGGGACUGGUCAUCAGGACCACACCCAUCAUUCCAGAUAUGAAGGAUGCUUUCUUCCGAUGCGCAGUUUGCAAUCAUUCCGUCCGGGUUGACAUUGACCGCGGCAAGAUCACCGAGCCCACCAAAUGCCCGCGCACUGUGUGCGAGUCGCCCAACUCGAUGCAGAUUGUGCACAACCGAUCUGGUUUUGCGAACAAGCAGGUCAUUAAAUUGCAAGAGACGCCGGAUAAUGUGCCGGACGGUCAGACACCGCAUUCGGUCUCGCUUUGCGCAUAUGAUGAGCUUGUUGACGUAUGCAAAGCCGGUGACCGAGUUGAGAUCACAGGCAUCUUCAAGUGCAAUCAAGUCCGGAUCAAUCCCCGCCAGCGAUCGGUCAAGAAUAUCUUUAAGACAUAUGUCGAUGCACUACACAUUCAAAAGGUGGACAAGAAACGUAUGGGCAUUGACGUUUCGACCAUUGAGGAAGAGCUCGCUGAGCACGCCGCCGGUGAUAUCGAGGAAACUCGUAAGGUCUCAGAAGAAGAAGAAACCAAAAUCAAGGCUACAGCCAUGCGCCCCGACCUCUACGACCUUCUCUCGCGCUCGCUCGCGCCAAGUAUCUAUGAAAUGGACGAUGUCAAGAAGGGCAUCCUUCUCCAGCUCUUUGGUGGUACUAACAAGCAGUUCGAGAAAGGCGGCAGUCCGAAAUAUCGUGGGGAUAUCAACAUUUUGCUUUGCGGUGACCCUUCGACAUCGAAAUCUCAGAUCCUGCAAUAUGUGCACAGGAUUGCACCACGCGGCGUCUACACUUCCGGAAAAGGUUCAUCGGCUGUGGGUUUGACAGCGUACGUUACGCGCGAUCCCGAGACCCGCCAGUUGGUUCUUGAGUCUGGAGCUUUAGUUCUGUCUGAUGGCGGUGUGUGCUGCAUUGACGAGUUCGACAAGAUGUCUGAAUCUACCCGAUCUGUGCUUCACGAAGUCAUGGAACAGCAAACAGUCUCCAUCGCUAAGGCAGGAAUCAUUACGACUUUGAACGCCCGCAGCUCCAUUCUCGCAUCUGCCAAUCCAAUAGGAUCGAAGUACAACGUCAACCUUCCCGUACCACAGAACAUUGACCUCCCUCCGACACUGCUCUCGCGUUUCGACUUGGUCUACCUCGUCCUCGACCGCAUCGAUGAGCAAGCCGAUCGCCGCCUCGCCCGCCACUUGGUUGGCAUGUACCUCGAGGAUAACCCUGAAAACGCCUCCAAGGCCGAGGUUCUCCCCAUCGAAUUCCUCACAGCGUACAUAUCAUACGCUCGAACAAACGUUCACCCCAAGAUCACUGAGCCUGCACAAAAGGCGCUUGUAGAUGCCUACGUCGCCAUGCGCGCUCUCGGCGCCGACAUCCGAUCCCAGGAGCGCCGCAUCACCGCGACAACUCGACAACUGGAGUCCAUGAUCCGCCUUGCCGAAGCUCACGCCAAAAUGCGCCUGGCUGAGGAAGUCUCAGCAGAUGAUGUACACGAAGCCGUUCGUUUGAUCAAAUCUGCACUCAAGCAGGCUGCCACCGACGCACGCACGGGUCUCAUCGACAUGAGUUUGCUGACCGAGGGCACUUCGACCGGCGACCGUAGGCGUAAGGAAGAUCUCAAGCGUGCUGUUCUUGCUGGCUUGGACGAGCUGGCGGGUGCAGGGCAGAGCGUCAGGAUGAGUGAACUUGUCAAGCAUAUUAGGGAGGGUGCGAGUGAGCAGGUGGAAAAUCAGGAGUUUCUCGAGGUGCUCAGGGCGGCGGAGGCGGAAGGCAAAGUGCAGGUUACUGGCGAGGGGCCGCGGCGGACGGUCAAGAAGAUUGUAGGGACGUUCUGAUUAGACCGCAUAUGAGUAAAUUUCAUAAUUUAGGUUCAGAAAGGGACUUGUCACAAUUCCUAACAUUGGCAUUGGCACACAAUCUACAUAAUUCCCCAC